AUGUCGACCCCAUCCCUUCAAACGCCGCUCUCGAAGCUACUCGGAAUCCAAUACCCAAUAAUCCUCGCUGGCAUGGCACGCACGUCUGGUGGACCCCUCGCCGCAGCUGUGUCGAACGCAGGGGGUCUUGGUGUCAUUGGAGGACUGGGAUACACCCCACAACAGCUGCAGUCCAUCAUCGACGAAUUGAAAGAGAACCUGUCGGACAAGUCGCUUCCGUUUGGUGUCGAUCUGGCGCUCCCGCAGGUCGGAGGCAGCGCCCGCAAGACGAACCACGACUACACGCAUGGGCACCUGGACGAGCUUAUUGAGGUCACGAUUAAGAACGGCGCGAAGCUUUUUGUCAGUGCUGUCGGUGUGCCGCCUGCGCGAACAAUCAAGAGGCUGCAUGAAGCAGGAAUCCUAAUAAUGAACAUGGUGGGACAUCCCAAGCACGCAGUCAAGGCACUAGACGCUGGCGUUGAUAUCGUAUGCGCCCAAGGCGGAGAAGGCGGAGGUCACACAGGCGACAUUUCAAACAGCAUCCUGAUUCCAUCUGUCGUCGACGUUGCCCGAAAAUACAAGAGCCCACUCACCGGCGAGCCCGCCAUGGUGGUCGCGGCAGGAGGUAUCUACAACGGGUGCAGCUUAGCGAGCAGUUUGAUGCAGGGUGCGCAGGGCGUAUGGGUCGGAACACGUUUUGUUGCGUCGACAGAAGCUGGGUGUUCGCAGAUGCACAAGGAGAACGUCGUGACUGCAGACUUCACCGAUACUGGGCGGACACUUGUUAUUAGCGGCCGACCGCUUCGUGUCCGGUACAACGACUACAUCAAAGACUGGCAUUCGAGGGAGGAUGAGAUCAAGAAGCUGACUGACGCGGGGAUUGUGCCGAUGGCAAAGGACAUGGAUGAUGGGAAGGACGUCGAUAUUCCCUUUCUGAUGGGCCAGGUGGCAGGCGUAAUUCAGGAGAUUAAGCCGGCAAAAGAAAUCGUGGAUGAUAUGGUCAGGGAGGCGGUGGACAUGCUGAGGCUGGGGCAGUCGUAUAUCGGCGGGCCGAGUGCGAAGUUGUAG